CACAUCUUUGCAGAAAGAGAAAAGGGAACACCUUGAUAGACCAAUAUCAAACAUCCCACAUCUGUACAAACAACGCAAAACCGAACCUCUUAUUAUCGACGUUAUAUGCUGGCGAGGUUUAAUCGGAUCUCAUUCCGAUUUUAUCAUUUCAUUUUGAAAUAUGUCGCCGAUCCAGAUACGUUAAAUGUGUGCUUUAAGUAGUUUAGAGAAUCCCGAAAAUUAUGGUUGCAGAUUUCCCAUCAGUGACAUUUUCGCUUUCGGAAGCAGAUAUAUGGAUGAGCGAGAAUUUCGACGCACGUUUAAAACUUUGACCUACAAUGAAGAAAGGCAUCUGAGAAAAGGAUUACGAUUCCAAUGUGAAGUUAAAUUAUUUCACCAGAAUUCCCUGUUAGGUUGAGGACAUAAAUACUGUUUUCAUUUUUUAUUUAACCUACCUGGUGUAUUCUGUUCUUUUGUGAUUCUUACCAGUUAUAUAUAUUUUUUUGCAAUGAUUUCAAUACAUCAGUCGCUAAGUUUUGUUUAAUAGUAACUCUGCCAAUAAACGAUAUUUACGUUUUUUGACCGGAAAUGUAGAUCCCACGAUGUAUUUAUUAUUAAGUAUCGCGUUAAAAUAUAUUUUUUUCAAUUAAAUUGUGGUUUAUUGGGUAGAACCUCUUGAUGUUUUUAACAGACCAGAUUUCAGGAACUAUCGCACAAGUAUUAGGGUGAAGACUAGGUUCAACGAAAACAGUAUGAACAUUCAAAAAUCAUUUAAAUAAAUAAUUAAACAGAAAAGUUUUCAUUAAAAAUAAAUCCCAGUGAAAACCAUCCGAAUGACAAAAUAAAAUCAAGACUGAGCCGCCGCGCAAGGAAGUUUGGUUGGACUGGGAAAUCCGUUUUUCUGAAAUACACAAUAUAAAAUGUGAAAGUUUAUAGUUUCAUGGGUCCGGUUUUUAUGAUGUUCCUGUUUUCUUUAUGGGGGUUAAUUGUAGCCGCCCCCUCCCCUCCCGCACACACCGUUCACUCAUUCCUUGCCACUCUACUCAAGCCUCUUGGUUUAAAAGCUCCAGUCAGACUUAAAGCUCACGCUAGUUCUUGCGACCCUGAUUGACAACCACAGGUUUCUCGGAACCCCCUCCGCUCCGUUCCCCGAGGUACAAACGUUCUGGACAUCUGAAGGUGCCAAGAAUUUUUUUUUUGGAAAAAGCGCAGCUCGCCUCGUCUUCCACCUCACCCGUUAACUGCAAGCGCGACAAGUUUUACAUUCGCCGGCAGCAAAUCAAAACAAAUCUCGCGCAAUGCAAAAAAGAAGGCUUCCUUAACUUUGAGAGAAGUUGUUUCUCUUUCUCUACGCCUGCGAAUUUCCGGUCGUUAAUUGCCAUGAUUUAUAGGGCCGAUUUUUUUUUUUGGAGGUAGCUUCACAUGUGGUUGGGACCUUGCCUAAGAUCCAGCCCCCCUCUCACGUUACCAACUAUUUAUAUAUCUUCCACGAUUUCCCCCUUAAACCAGCUCCUGGGACAACGUCCGAUUGGCUUCACUUGUCAUCUGAGAUUCAGGGUUAGCUGGUGUGUGUGUGUGUUUACUCUGAGAGUCCCGGCUGUUAAGGAGCGAUUGAUCCAGAUCGCUUUUAAAGACCCUUGCAUUUUUGGAAGCUGUUUACUUUGAAAUCGAAGGUGCUUUGGAUAUAAUUCCAGCCUUUUGGAACUUGAAACCCCGCUACCAUGGAUCAUACAAUAUUUAGCUGCCUGCGCAGCUCGCAUGCCCCAGCCCAGAGUCUGCACCACUUCUCUCAGUCUCCACUAGCUCUGAACGGAAGAUCAGACCAUGUGGCUUUUCCAGACCUGUCUUCUUCUUGUAUCAUAGCUGGAUUUCCUAAUGAAGAAAACAUGUUUACAGCUCAGCGUCAUCAUCAUCACCUACAUCAUCAUCACCGGGGUCACCAACAGCAGCAGCAACAACAUCCAGCUGCCCAAACUACCUGGCACAUCCCCCAGAUCUCCUCGCCCCCUCCGCUCGCCAGGCACGCUCUAUGUGUCCAGCCCGAGUCGGGCCCCCCUGAACUCGGGUCGAAUCCUUCAAACCUGGUGGAUAGCAACUCGAACUUGACUUCCAACAAUCCUAACGUGGCAUCCUGUGUUCCUGGUGAUUACGGGAGGCCGCCGGUCACUCCCGUCGAGUCGGAGAAAAGGAACUCCAAGAGGAAAAAUGAUGGCUCAGUUAUAGAGACACAAGAAGGCAGUUACAAGGGAGAGGUGAACAGCAAACCAAGGAAGGAAAGAACAGCCUUCACCAAAGAACAGAUUAGGGAAUUGGAAGCUGAGUUUGCUCAUCACAAUUAUCUGACCAGACUGCGAAGAUAUGAGAUAGCAGUAAAUCUGGAUCUCACCGAGAGACAGGUGAAGGUGUGGUUUCAGAACCGGAGGAUGAAAUGGAAGCGGGUUAAAGGAGGUCAACAGGGAGCUGUUGCAAGGGAAAAAGAACUGGUUAAUGUGAAGAAAGGGACUUUACUGCCUUCCGAGCUCUCUGGGAUUGCCACAUCCGGUGGUCAUCAUGCUGGGGACAUUCUAUCGAAUGAUGAAAGCCAGGACAGUGAUCACAGCACCGAGCUUGGCCACUUGUGAUGUAUGGAGAAGGAGAGCAAGACUCAACAGAUACUCAGGAAAGUAAUGGCACAAGGAGGUGGCGAACCAUAUUGUCCUACAGCUUCCAUGCGCUGACUCCUUGUGGACAUGGUGCAAACAUCAGAGCCUCUGAGCAUUCCAUAUUUCCAUUUGGACAAUGGCAUGGUUUGUGAAUUUGUGCUUUGUCUUCCACUGUAAAUAAAAAAUGGAAGCGACUUUUAAAAGGCAAAAAUAAUUUUACAGAAUCCCAAGGAAGAACAGUGGGAAAGCAUUCAACUGUGUAAUCAGUGAAGCAAAAAUAAUAAACAUGUUUAUAAAGAAUGAGUACACAACCUUGCCAGAGAAGAAAUCCUCACCCAAUAAUGGGAAAUGUAGCAUUUCAAUGUAAUUGAAAAAUUUAAAUAGUGCUCUGAAAGAGACAGCUAUACGAUGCAGAUGCCUUCACCAGUAUUCUUAAUUAUAGGUGCAAUACUUAUUCAACUGCAAUAGAAAAGUAUCUAUUUAGGCAGCAGCCACACACAAGGUAUUGGUAUAUAUAUGUAUAUAUAUAGGAUUGUCUUGAUACAUACCGUAAGUGUUGAUAAAAUUUAACAAAUAAACAAUUGGCUCAAUGAAACUUUGAAACACCUUUAGCUUGGUGCUUCAGCUGAUAAUACCAAAGUCAAAUAAUAAUAGUUUACGCAGAACACAGAACAGUGCAGCCCAACAACAGGCCCAUUGGUCCACAAUGUUAGUGCCAAACAUGAUGCCAAGCCCAUCUACCUGUGCUUAAAUCAUAUCCCUUCAUUCCCAGCAUGUCCAUGUGGUUAUCCAAAAGACUCUUGAAUGCCAUUAUUGUAUUUGCCUCAACCACCAACCCAGGUAGCAUGUUCUAGGCACUCAUCACAUUCAGUGUAAAAAAGUUGCCCCACACAACUCCAUUCAACUUUGCCCCCCUUAAAGUUAUGCCCUCUUGUAUUUGAUUUUUCCAUCUUGGGAGAGAGGUUCUGACUUUCUACAUAUUUGUGUCAUUCAUAAUUUUCCGUACUUCUCUCAGGUCUUCCUUCAACCUCCGGCAUUCCAGAGAAAACAAUCCAAGUCUGUCCAACCUCUCUCUAUAGCUAAUACCUCCCAUAUCCAGGGAUUAUUCUGGUAAACCUCCUCUGUACCCUUUUCAAUGCCUCCACAUACUUUAUGCAAUGGGGUGAUCAGAACUGCAUGAAAUAUUCCCAAUGCGGCCUAACCAAAGUCGUAUAACGCAGUGUCAUGACAUCCUGACUCUUGUGGUCUUAGUUUAGUUUGUUAUCCUGUUAUCACCUCAUACAUAUCAGAGAUAUGAGUCAACAGUCAACUAUCGGAAAUCUAAUUUCUACUUUGGCUACUUUUGUUUCCUGUGCUGAACUGUUCUCUGUUCUAUGUCUGCCAGAUAUAGAACUAUUCAAAUUGCACUCUAGAAUUUUUUGGCCCUGAAGUAAUUGUUUGGCUUUGUUGUUCGGAAUAACGUGACACAACAAAGGAUUUACAUUAAAUGUUACACAAUUUAUUGAAGUGUAAUAACUUGCUAAAUAAUGUGCACAUCUAACCAAAUCACAUUUCAUCCAUUGCCUUGUUUAUGGUAUGUAUAGAAUGAAGAGCAAUCAGGAGUGAAGUACACAUUUAUGGCUCAAUUAAAAAAUGGAAGAUUUAUCACGAGAUGGAAUGAUAAUAACUUGGUGUUAGAAUGAAGUGAAUGACAAAUGGAGUGUGGUCUCAUAUGUAAUGCCUAACGACAGUAUGAACUAAAUGGCUGAAUAUUCUUUUCUCGUUCCUGCUUUAUUAUGUAUAAUCAAUAAAAUUAACAGCAGAAAGGUUUAUAAA